AUGGCCUGGUACCGGCGCUGCAUGGUGGUGGUGCCAUGGAUGGAUUUGGGGGUUCGGUCAACAGUGGGAGCUGGACCACCUCUGCAAUUGCUGGAGGAGACCGAGGGUGGUCCCACUACGGCGAGCAGAGAUCCUGAGGCAUCCAUUUUGCCACGGCAAGAUCCCCCACACCCACCCAGCACCCUUCAGGGUGUCCCCGUGGCCAGGGCCCCUGUCCGGAGGGGGACCUACCGGCAGCAGAUCCCACAGGAUCCCACCAUUUUACCACAGCCCCUUGCCCAAGGUCCACCCGGACUGGCAGAGGACACCAGGAGCCUGGAGAAGCCCUGGGUGAAACGGGAGCUGUCGGCACAGGGGAAGGACCGUCCAUAUGCCUGCGGUGAGUGCGGCAAGAGCUUCGGCCGGUUGACCCACCUGAAGACCCACCAGCGAACCCACACGGGUGUGAAGCCCUACGCCUGCGGGGCUUGUGGCAAGAGCUUUGGCCACCUCUCCACCCUCACCACCCACCAACGGCUCCACACAGGUGAGCGUCCUUACGCCUGCGGCUCCUGCGGCAAGACCUUCACCAACCCAUCAGACCUCAACAAGCACCAACGGUCGCACACGGGCGAGCGACCCUACCCCUGCGCUGCCUGCGGCAAACGUUUCAGCCAACAGUCCAACCUCACCAUGCACCAGCGGAGCCACACUGAGGAGCGACCCUACCCCUGCGGCACUUGCGGCAAGAGCUUCAAGUAUUUGGCGGACCUUACGGUGCACGAGCGUUCUCACACGGGCGAGAGACCCUUCCCCUGUCCCCACUGUGGGAAGAGCUUCAGCAACAAAUCCUCCCUCGCCCGGCACACGCGCAUCCACGCCCGGGCGGCUGCCAGGGACAAGUGA